GUGUACGCAAGCGCAGGACGCAGGCGCGCAGUCAGAAAACACGAGACUCAAGCUGAGGGACGCAGUUCGGGUCUGAGGUGUGGAUCUGAGGAAGGAUGGAGGCACUGAAGGUGGAAAAGUUCACGACUGCCGACCGGGGAAACGGGCUGCGUGCUGUGGCUCCACUGCGUCCCGGGGAGCUGCUCUUCCGCUCCGACCCCUUGGCUUACACUGUGUGCAAGGGGAGUCGUGGCGUAGUCUGUGAUCGCUGUCUACUGGGGAAGGAGAAGCUGAUGCGUUGUUCUCAAUGCCGAAUUGCCAAAUACUGCAGCGCCAAGUGUCAGAAAAAAGCCUGGCCGGACCACAAACGGGAAUGCAGGUGUCUUAAAAGCUGCAAGCCCAGAUAUCCGCCCGACUCCGUGAGACUUCUGGGCAGGGUUAUCGUCAAGCUGAUGGAUGAAAAGCCCUCAGAGUCGGAGAAACUUUAUUCAUUUUAUGAUCUGGAGUCCAAUAUUAGCAAACUCACUGAAGAUAAGAAAGAGGGCCUGAGGCAACUUGCAAUGACAUUUCAACAUUUCAUGAGAGAGGAAAUCCAGGACGCGUCUCAGCUGCCGCCUUCUUUUGACCUUUUUGAAGCCUUUGCAAAAGUGAUCUGCAAUUCGUUCACCAUCUGCAACGCGGAGAUGCAGGAGGUCGGCGUUGGCCUGUACCCCAGUGUGUCUUUGCUGAAUCACAGCUGUGACCCCAACUGCUCCAUCGUAUUCAACGGGCCCCACCUCUUACUGCGUGCAGUGCGGGAAAUCGAGGCAGGAGAGGAGCUCACCAUCUGCUACCUGGACAUGCUGAUGACCAGCGAGGAACGCAGGAAGCAGCUGAGGGACCAGUACUGCUUUGAGUGUGACUGCGUCCGAUGCCAAACCCAGGACAAGGAUGCUGACAUGCUAACGGGUGACGAGCAAAUAUGGAAGGAGGUUCAAGAGUCUCUGAAGAAAAUCGAAGAGCUGAAGGCGCACUGGAAGUGGGAGCAGGUUCUGGCCCUGUGCCAGGCAAUCAUAAACAGCAAUUCCGACCGGCUUCCCGACAUCAACAUCUACCAGCUGAAGGUGCUCGACUGUGCCAUGGAUGCCUGCAUCAACCUGGGGAUGCUGGAGGAGGCGUUGUUCUACGCCAUGCGCACCAUGGAGCCGUACCGGAUUUUUUUCCCUGGAAGCCAUCCCGUCAGAGGUGUGCAAGUGAUGAAAGUUGGCAAGCUGCAGCUCCAUCAAGGCAUGUUCCCCCAAGCCAUGAAGAAUCUGAGGCUGGCCUUUGACAUUAUGAAAGUGACCCACGGCCGAGAGCACAGCCUGAUUGAAGAUUUGAUUCUUCUCCUGGAAGAAUGUGAUGCCAACAUACGAGCCUCCUAAGGACCCCCAGAAGGACGGGGAAGGUGGCACGCCCUCCAUCGAACGCCUUACUGAGGUCACACGCUCUGUGGUGUUUGCUGUGUGGACCUCCUGUAGAAAUCGCCGAUGUGUUUAUGUGGGUAAAUGUGUUUCCAUGGCAUGUCGUGAGGCGUCUUACUCGUGAUAGAGCAGAACCAUUACAAUAAAUAAAAAAAGACGAGUCCAAAAUGCCACUGGCGACUUGGCUUUGCCUAUUCUCAGGGGGUUUUGAUGGUUAAGAUGUCAACCUUGGAAACAGGAGCUUUCCAAAAGAAGAAUGGAAUCCCAGGCAGCCCUUGAGAGGCAGAGGCAGAGGCCGGUGGAUCUCCAUGAGUCCGAGGCCAGUUUUGUCUACACAGCGAAUUACAAGACAGCCAUAGCCUUGUAGAGAGACCCUGUUCCAGAAACUGAACAAAAAUAGGGUAGAAUAUGUUCAAGUUUCCUCUGUGUGUGUAUAUAGAAAUAAAUGGAUAAAAGUCAUAAUUUUCACAUAAUUUAAAGUUCACUUCUAAACACAAGUGUAUAUCAAGAAGAUUUUUAUUGUACUUUUAUCUUUAUUGAGAUGUCUUAAUUGUAUUUAUUAACAUGGUUCACUGUGAUAUUUCUAUAUCUGAAUACACACACAUGGCACCCAGUUGUCACUGAG